AAUCUUUUCUUCCUGUACGUCUCUCUUUCUUUCUUUUUUUUUUUUUUUUUUUUUCUUUUCGUCGAACGAUUUUCCUCUUCAUCGUUCAUCUUCUCUCUCUCUCUCUCUCUCUCUCUCUCUGUCGCUCUUUUUCUCUCUCAUAUAUACUCUCUCUUUCUAACUCUGGCAUUCAGUCGCGAGGCACGCGGAGCUCUUUCGGUGUUCCGGUCGAUAGUUUUCUCGCACGAUGAGCAACGGAACGUAGACGAUAAAGCUCGACGGGGAAGCUUAGCGAGAAAGAUGAAGAGAGUACUGAAAAAGCUUCGAGAAAGAAGAAAGACAAAGACAGAGAGAGAGAGAGAGAGAGAGAGAGAGAAAGAGAAAGAGAGAGAGAGAGAGGGUGAGGAGGGACAAGAGGAGAGAGGGAAAGAGAAAGACAAAGGAGAAAAAAGAAUUUGUGGAAAGUUAGGCGUAUCUCGCGAUUUGUCUCGCGGCGACGCUAGCAACGUUGAAACUCGUGAAUAAAAGAUGCCACGGAAUAGCCUCUAUCUCUUUCUAUCUCAUAGGAAAGAUAUAUAUAUAUAUAUAUACAUAUAGAUAUACAUACAUAUAUAUAUAUAUAUACAUCGACUAGUUUCUAUUUCAAAAAUCGUGGACUCUUUGAUGCUCGAAGCUGAUCGUCGCGUUUUAUUCGCAUUUUUGUAAAAGAUUCUAUCACCGUCGGAAAAAGGAUUUUUUCUUCUUCCUUCUUUUUUUUUUCUUUUCUCUUUUUUCCUUCGUUUUUCUUUUCUCCUUUUUUUUCUUUUUUUCUUUUUAACACUUAAUCGAACAUAAACAUUGACAUUUAACAUUGCUAACAUAAAGAGGAUAUAUAAAUAUAUAAAAGGAUCGUACGAACGACAGGAGAUCGUAGGGAGAUCGUAAUAAGUGAAUAAGAAGAAAGUGGACGUAGUAGUAGUAGUAGUAGUAGUAGUAGUAGUAGAAGUAGUAAUAGUAAUAGUAGUACUAGUAAUAGUCUCGUACGAUCUGUAAAGAGGGGACAUAUAAACACGAGGAUUUAUCGGGAAUUAUCGCCUCUAUCUCUCGAGUAAACGACCGAAGAAGGGGUCCGAGGGUACCGAACAAGACACUUCCGGUGUUUUGCGUGCUCGUUCGUAUGUAACUCAUCAUGGUACAUUCAACCGCUUAAAUAGUUUCCUAGGACGGAUUCAUGGUAACGUCUUCAGUGUAUCCCUGAUUAAUUUGAAAGAAAAAGAAAAAAAAAAAAGGAAAGAAAGGAGAGGGGAAAAAAUAUGGGCAAAAAAGAUAAGAGAAAUAGAGAUAGUGAUAGGAGAAGGUAGGAAGAUAGGUGUAGAAAAAUAGGUAGAAAUGUAGAAAGAGAGAGAGAGAGAGAGAGAGAGAGAGAAGGAAGAUCAAAUCGGUAUUGGAAUCUUUGUAUGGAAACGAGGGACUCUCGAGGCUUCCACGUAAUCCAUCCACUCGUGCAGAACCCCCGGACGACUCUCUGGCCUCCUUUUAUUUUCAGCGUUCCUCCUAACUAGACGGCACGAGUUUCCGUUAGCGACUCUCUUCCGUCCGCAAUCAGCACUUCCAACGAACUAGGACGCACGAAUAUCGUUCCGUCCUCCGAAAAUUCGACUUUGUGUCCCAUUAAUCUUCGGGUAUAUGAGAAAGACGGAAGGAGUGGCUAGGCGAGGGAUGGCGGUGAAGGGGGAGCUUAGGGUGGAGGCGACUAGGGGGAUAUUAGAUGCUCCUAGUUUCCUCGAGUUUUCAUGCUUCAGGGAGUGAUUACAAUAGCUUUUUGUCUACCGGCUAUAGAAUACUAUAAUAUUCAUAUAAUACGAAUAUUAUAUGAGGAUUAUAAUAAUAGUGGAGAAAGGCAAAUGAAGGUGCAGGAAGAAGGAGAGCCGCAGGUGGAUUGACAAUCUCACCGGCAGCGGUCGCUCUAUCGAACGAUGACAGCAACGAUGCUUUCGAGGAAUUGGGGCUGGGGGUUGUUCGUUCUUGUUUUUCUUGUUCUUGCCACCCCCAGUCCCGCUGCCAUUCGCAGAGCGGACCGUGGUCACUGUAACAAGACCGUUGACAUCUACGAGGAUGUUUCCAGUCCUGCAGUGACCGCUGCCAACAUGGGAAAACCACUUUAUUGUUGGUACCGUUUCCGUGCUUUUCGUGGAACACCAAGAGAUUGGAUUCUUCGUGUACGUUUUAAGAAAUUCAAAGUUGGCGUAUUGGAGAAUGCUACGACUUGUUCGGGCGGUUACCUGCAGAUCAUAGACGGCAACACGAAAACCGAGGUGAGCAAUCGCAAGGACCCCGGUGUCUAUUGUGGCGAAUCCGAGCAACCGCAAACGUUCAUUUCCGAGACGAGCUUCGUACGAGUGAUCUUCCACGCGGAGAACUUCACGGACCAAACUUACUUCAGUUUCGACUCGCGGGCCGAGCAGCAACUCGACGUUUACCUGAGGUACGGCCAGCAUCCAGAACUUUAUCCAAACAGAAGGGGCGAGAUCGUGCCUGGGAGUUACUGCGAAAGGGUUUUUAAGGACUGCAGAUUGCAAACGUGCUACGUACAGAGCCCAGCCUUUCCGGGUAUUUAUCCGCGAGCUUUGCACUGUAAAUACAAGCUAAAUACACGGUUGCCAUUCAUAAAGCUCUAUAUAGAGAAUGAAGAGUUCAAUAUCGACGGACAACGAUGUGAGAAUAUAAUGACCUGCCCGAUGAGACCGAUAAGCUCCGGCUCGGAGCAUUGUCCGUACGAUUAUAUACGUGUCUUCGAUGGGAAGGAUGAAAAUAGUCCUGUAAUCGGUACAUUCUGCGGUAUGGGUAAAUUCCCCUACAGUAUAAUCGGCACUAGCGAAGAUCUCUAUGUCGAAUUUGUUUCCUCACCAGCCGGACCACUAUUGAACACGGGUUUUCACUUUAACGUUGGCAACUGGCCUGGUCACGUCGAAACGGCAGGCGUAAAAAACGGUAGCUGCGACUGGCUACUCAACAGCGAGUCCCUCGUAAGCGGUAACGAGGGUAUCUUCCUGUCCGUCGCGCACUGGUACCCACCCCAUACGAGCUGUACCUAUUUGCUGAGGGGUCGCCCUGGUGAAAUAGCCAGGCUUUAUUUCCCCAGUUUCCGUGUCAAUCGAAUCGAGUCGCCCAUCAAGCCUUACGACGGUGACUGCGGUGAGAGCCUUACCCUCUACGAUGCGGAUUGGCCGGACGAUGCUAGAAUAAUCAAGACCUUUUGCGAUACCUUCAGCAAACCAAUGGAAAAGCACGAUUUUGUCUCCACUUCGAACGCUCUAUUUGUUAGAUUCGAGAGUAAAACCGGCAGUUACUCAGGGAGUUCCCUUUACUAUUGGGCACAUUACGAUUUCUUCAAUGCCACGAGAUUUGGGGAGCCUGUACCUGGCACAGAAUGCGACGAAAAGUUUACUUCGUGGAGAGCACGUGUUGGACAUUUGAGAUCACCCCUGAACACGUUGAUUUAUAAACGACCUGGGAACCCACCGAUGGAUCUCUCCUGUACCUAUACGUUCCUUACGGACAAGAGGCUUUUCGCUAGAGUAAUAUUAACCAUUGAAUCGGUGUCUUUCAAAGAACGUUCAACCGGUCACUGUGGCCAUUGCUGGGACAGUCGAGUCGAUAGAUUGGUUAUACGAGAACCUGGACCGGAUGGUGUUAAGGGUACUUGUAUAUGUCGUCGUGACGAGGAAGACAGUAUACCGAUAACACCGAUCAGAGUAGUGUCUCGUGGCGAGAGGCUUGAUCUGAAGUUUCUAAUAGACGGUGUUCGGGCAGCCGCGAAUUACUUCAAACAACCUUCACCGAUAUUCGAGGCCAAUUACGAAUUCGCUCACAGUCCACUCUGCGGCCCUGCAAUAUUGCCUGCUAUCACGGACGGCGAAAUCGAAUUUCCUCAUUACGAGGCACUAGGCUACGUUGCUCCACCGAGAUCGAUCAAAUGUAUUUGGGAGUUAAGAGUCAAUCACGGACGAGACUUGUGGCUACACUUUGAUAAAAUAAAAUUUGCUUCUCGUUCCUGCGAGGACGGUAAGCUAGAAAUCUUUCUUCCUGGUUCGAUCGAUCCAUAUCUUGGUAUUUGCGGAGAGAAUGUCAGCUCUGUCAGAGAAAUGCCUAUACUAUCGGCUAGUCAAAUUCUACCAACCGAUCGUGACGACACGGAAUAUUCCAACGUAGUAAUACAAUUUACCGGAACUAUGGCACCAGCCAGAGCUGCCUUUAAAAUCGCCUGGACCGAACUCUAUCAUUUACCGAGGGACAGUUCGGGCGGACUACAUACCCAAAAACUCGACGAGGAGUGCGGCUUCCGUUGUCCCGGUGACGCUGGUUGCAUACCCAUCAGAUUGGUAUGUAACGGUGUUGUAAAUUGUCCUAGUACCAGCGCGACGAUCGUCGUUCCCUACAACAACAACAGUCAUCCUGAACCUGACGACGAGUCCCUCGAAAGCUGUGCUGGACCUCUUGGAUCGAACGGUGGAAGUGUCGUUGGUCCUGCUGGUUGGGCUGGUGCUGGACUCGGUGCUGGCUUGGCUAUAUUACUUGCAAUUACUUGCCUCAUCGUGGUGUGUCGCAUUUGUAAGCGUCGCUCUCGUUCCAGAGACAUUCACGUACCGUACUAGCGUUCGGAGCUAAUAUCUACUCCAGCAUAUCGUCGUUACGAUCCUCCUGUGAAUUACGGACGCGAACGCGAACGCGAACACAAACAUGAACACGAACGUGAACGCGAACGUGAACGUGAACGUGAACGUGAACGUGAAUACGAACGCGAACACGAAUGUCGUCGUCGUUGUCGUCGUCGUCAUUAUCUUCGUUGUCAUUGUUGUCGUCAUUGUUGUCGUCGUGUCGAUCAUUUUUUUCUUCUUCGUUCGAUCACGACGACGAGAUUGCCUUUUCAACUCUCACGAUUUUUCCUCCCAAAUAAUCUCUUCCUUUUCGUACCUAUGUUGAAAUAUAUAAACAACUUCCAACUCGCAACAGUUAUUACUAGUUUUUAGAAACUACGUCCGUGGCACUGCGUUACGCCAUACUGUUCGAGUUGCAAAAGAUAGAAAGAGAGAGAGAGAGAGAGAGAGAGAGAGAGAGAAAGAGAGAAAGAGAGAAAGAGAGAAAGGAUGCUUGCGAAAUAACACGAGUCCAUGUAUUCCCUUAGGUCCCAGAACGCGAAAGUGCCAAUGAAAAUUCUAUCCGGCAUUUUGACGGCCAUCUUUGAAACUACUAUAUGGAGGAAUACAUUGUGGGAACAAUAUGGAACCUUAGGAAAAGAAUAAUGGCGGAAUUUUUUUCUUGAUAAAUUAAAUGGACGUUCGUAUUCGAUGAGAAAGAUAGAAAAUUUUUAAAUAAAUAAAUAUAUAUAUAUAUAUAUAUAUAUAUAUAUAAAAUAACAAUAUUAUAUCAGAUUUCAUUAAAGAACAUUGUUAAAAUAGCCCGCGAUAUAAAUGGAAGCAAGAAAAUGAGAAUCGAUUAAUAUUUCGUUUUUCUUCCGUUUGUUUUUUUAUUUCUUUUUCUUUUUUUAUCAUCUCAAUCGGAUUCAAAUUUAUAUUUAACGUUCUAUUAAUUUUUUUCGUCUUAUCUGCCAGUUAC